AGUUGCAGGUCUCCCCCAGUCCCAGCAGUUUGCAAACAGACCAUGGCAGUCCUUGGUUCCCCGCUGCUGCCUCUGAGGCUGUUUCUGUGCUUUGGACUGCUGUUUUUUUCUGCCAGCUGUACUGAUCACACUGACCAGUGCAUGAUCUUCAACAAGGUCACUUCCAUCCAUAACUCAAGAAUCCAGGUCAACCCAAAGGUCUAUGAAAGCAACACAGUCUACACAGUGUCAGUUCCUGUGAAUAACACGAUUAGCUCUGUGGUCAUGAAAGCAGUCGACAUGCACCACUCAGUCAUUGGCUUCUGGCAAAAAGCAGACAGGAAUUGCACCAGCAGCGCCUUGUACCACGUGAAGAGCCCACACGACCAUGUCUUAGAGGCAAAAUGGCUCUCUCCUGCCUCCACCAACAUAAACGCCGUCGAGCUACAAGUCUUCGUUGUUGAUUUCCACAAGGAGGCUACAGCUUCUGUUCUGAAACUGGAAAAAAGUGGGACAAGCCCAGCCUUGAUCACCAAGCUCAUCACCACGAAGUCAAAUACAGUCACAACCACCAAACCAGCUGUCAUCACAACCCACACCACACACAAAAACUCAGCGAACAGAGUCUUCCGCAGCCCCGUGAGAGAUGCCAUUCAGAUCCUGCUUGCCUUUCUCACCAGCAAACUCCUCUUCUAGAAGGAAGCUGGGGGAGCAAUCGCUCCUGCCUCCACUGAAUCCUUCCAUGCUCAGUCCCGAGCCAGGGCUCUGACCUGUGUGAAUGAAGGUCUUCCGUUGUCAGAGGCACAGCAAUCCUGCUGCUGCUUCUGAUCCAGACUCGGUGGAGGGUAGUCCUCUCACUGCUAUUUAACUGGAUCUCUUAGGACACAGAUUAGGCUUUUUUGUAACUACUCAGACCUCAUCUGGGUGUAACCUGGAAUUCUGGCUUCCUGUUUAACAUCUUGACAGCCAACACCACAGCCAAUCUAAACUUUUGUUUAGAUGCAACACAAGUAGUUAUUUGAAGGGCAGGAAAAUAAGAAUGUACCAUGUCUGAGUCCCCAGGAGUAGGGAACGAUGAUGGUAUAAAGGCAUUAUUUUCUAUGUCAUACCAAAUAAACUACACUUUGAACAAGAA